GCCAAAACCCUAAUGGAAAUCUUGAGAUCCACAUUCAACCAACAGAGGAUGAAGAGGACAGUAAAAACCCGACUACAGUGCACUACAUAGGUAUAACUGGGUCAAAGUCAGCAAAAAUUAUGGCUUCACAGUGCGUCUAUAUCAUUGCUGUAUUUCUGCUUUGCCAAAAAGCGUUCGUUGACUCAGCUGUUGAGGAAGGUAGCGGUGAAGCUGAAUAUUCCAUCUCGGGAAUGAUGCUACGGCGACACAUCUACAAGAAGAUCACGGGAGCACCACUCGGUAAUGUAUGCUUGCAGGAAUGUUAUCGCGACGUUAGAUGCCAGAGUUUUAAUUACGUCAUUUCCAAAGAAACGUGUGAAUUGAACAACCGUACCAAGGAAGCCAGACCUGAAGACUUCGUUCCCAACUCUGACAGAUAUUAUUUCAAACGAGACAAGGAUAGAGUUCGCCUCGGUUCUAUCCCGGAUCUGCCUGCAAUAUCUUGCAAAGAAAUCAAGGCAAGUGAGGGACAAUGGGCUGAUAACGGCAACUACUGGCUUCUUUUCCUUGAGAUUGAGAAAAUUUUACUUGCCUACUGUGACAUGAAGACAGAGGACGCUGAUGAAUGCAGCUUAUCGGAAUCCUUCUGUGACGUAAAUGCCAACUGUAAGAAUACACUGGGUUCCUUUCGCUGUUUGUGUAAACCUGGAUUUACUGGAAACGGAAAAACUUGCAGUGACGUGGACGAAUGUAGUGCUUCUAUCCCCGUGUGUGACGCCAAUGCCGAUUGUAAGAAUACUCGUGGCUCUUAUCGCUGUUCCUGUAAGAGUGGAUUUAUGGGAGAAGGAAAAAGCUGCAGCGUUUGCAAAGCAGUUGGUGUCUCCAAUACUGGAAUUAUUCUUGAUAGCCAGAUUACGGCAACUUCUGAGUACAGUUCUAGCUACAAAGCGUAUUACGGUCGCCUGCAUGGUAGCAGAGGUGACGGCUGGUGCUCAAGGGUCAGCAACACCAAUAACGAGUGGCUUCAAAUUGAUUUCCGAAAGACAAUCCAAAUUUGUGGUGUUGCUACUCAGGGCGAUGUAAAUGGCGAUGAGUGGACUACAGUCUUUAAGUUGUCUUUUUCUACUGAUGGUAAUAGCUGGAAAACUUACAGAGAUAAACAAAACGUCGAAGUGGAAUUUCACAGGAACGGUAACAGCAGUACUGUGGACCAUCACAAUUUGCCAGUUAAGGUUUCCGCAAGGUACAUCCACUUUCAUCCAAUAAACAGGUACAAAUGGAACUGCCUUAGAGUGGAGGUGUACGCCACAUAAUGGUAACAAGCCAAAGAGUAACUCAAGAUUUCAGAGUGCCCUCGAUUCGUGCAUGAACCUAUUAGUAGUAUAGUGGAAACCGGUCACUUUGCUUUGCUUCUUUGUUUAUUUGAUUUUUGGCGUAGUAAUCUCAGGGAUCUAUACUAGCUAAUACAUCAUAGGUCAUUGUUGUUAUCCCAUGAAUAAAAUGUAGUGGACUUAUUAACCAACAAGUGGUCAUGUCCUCUUCUCCUAUAGCUAGUGCAAUGUUUAAAGCACUGUGCAAUAAAAGCAUUAAUUAGGUGCAUUUAUUGUCAAAGAAACAAGGGAGGAUUAAAACAUCAAUCACGACCGUUUACCCUCUUCUCUUCAUAUAUAAAAGUUACAGUGGAACACGGUAACAACUAGAGUACGAGUAGUCCCUCCUUCGCUUAAUACAGGAAAAAACCGCCAGAAAGCCAUUUUUUCUGGCCGUUUUAUUUCACGUCAUGCACGUACUAUGGACUAUGCGAAAGAGGGACUAUCA